UCAGCGGGGACUUUCCUCCAGGAGAAGCUGAAUCACAGGGCGCCGAGCCGGAGAUGUUCCCCGCUGUCGCUACGGUGGAGGUAUGCGGGCCUGUGCACUGUGGUGUGGCCGCGGUGGCCUCCCCCUCCGCUCGGUAAUACUACUUCUUUUGAUCCCUCCGUUUCUCCUGGCCCUCCAGCUCCUCGUCGUCGGGCCCCGGUUACCUCGAGCUGCGAGGGUGGGGGUGGAGGAGCAGGAGGAACAGGAGGUUGCAUAUUCCGUGAUUAGUAUCGAACCGGAGAGGAACUCACGCCAACGGGGAUCCCCUUCCCGGCGUCCGGGUCUGGAGGAGGAGGAGGAGGAGGAGGAAGAUGGAGAAGGAAGGGAGGGGGCACGAGCUUAUGAGGAUGAGAACGAGAGGCUCUCGCGCCAGAUGGGACCCAGAGCACUGGAGGUGCAGCCGUGGGCUACAGACGAGCUGUCCUUCACAGCAGAACUCAAUCGUAUCAUCGCGCAUAUCACCAGGCCACAGCUGAACUGCUCCAGGGUUUUGUCUCCAGGUCAGGCUCAGGCAUCACCGCUCCCUACAGAUUCACCUCCCUGGCUGCUGUGUGCUGAGGACUGGCUGCUUCCAGCUGCAGAUCGACCGUGUGUUGCAUACUCCUUCAGCAUGGAUAGGGGAGAUGCAGACUUUCUAAAGACUGUGUCGGGGCUGGGAUGUGAAGUCCACCGUUUUGAUCCCAGCAACUCCAAUGCAUCUGGUGGUCACCUUGGCAACAGUUUGGCCAGUAACCAUGGUGAUGGAGGCGUGGUCAGCCAACACAAGAUGUGGCUGGACUGGCGAGCUCCAAGGAAGCGCAGACAGAAGACGAGAGGCAACCAGGGUGGUGUUUCUCAAACACUGGCAGACAUCAUGGCAGCUCUGGGACAUCGCACAGUUCACUUCCUUUAUGCUGACUUGCACAGUGCUGAGUGGCGAGUUUUCCAGAACUGGUUUGAGUCAGAAACUCUGCAGAGUGUCCAUCAUCUGGUUGCCACAGUGCACCUGCAAUGGGCCGGGUUUGAGGUGGGCGGAACCAGUGAGGAAGUGCUCCGCUAUUGGUUCAGUGUCCUACAGGGUCUCCAAGCAUCUGGACUCAAGCUGGUCCACAGCUCUGCAGGAGAAGGUUGCAGUGUCCUAAAACAGACAGUAGCAAAUGGUCGCAGCUCCUACACACUCAGCUGGGCCAACACCAGACGAUGAUACGCACACAUGAAUGAACACUGGUGCACACACAUGACCAGACACUGUGGAUGGCCUCAAACAAGAAGGAGAAGGUCAACCAAUAGCUGGUCUCACAAUAAACUUUUUUUCCUGCCAUUUCAGGCGAACACAGUUCUUAACAUGACACCCCCCUCUAGUGGACAUGAAAGGAUCUGCUUUCUCAUCACUCCACACUCGCUGUGUCUGGAGAUAAUAUGCAAUAACUUGACCAUAUAUGAAGCAGAAAGAGGGCUUGGUGAUUAAACCCUUUCAAACCUGAGCAAAUUGGCUUGAUUUCUUCCAAAAACAGGCAAUGAGCAAUUUAGGGAGAAAU